CCCUCAACUACACCUGUUACAGGAAGCACAUCAACUACAACAGAAAGUACUCCAACAACAACAGUGGAAAUUCCUUCAACACCAACAACACCAACUACUACAUUGUCCCCCUCAACUACAACGGAAACCACUACACCUAGUACAGGCAACACAACUACACAAUGUGUCUGCACAUAUAGAAGCAACAGUUUCCUCCCAGGGUCAUUCAUCUAUAAUGUAACGGAUGGAGCAGGGUGGUGUAUCACUGCUUAUUGUGAUCCAGUGUGCAGUAUCAAGGAGCAUGCACGACCUUGCCAUUCUACUGCUCCCCCUUCUACAACAAAACCUACUACUACCACUGUCAUUACACCCACUCCUGACUGCACAUACUACUACCCACAAAAAAAGAAUGAAGAAACCUGGAUUGAGAACUGUUCAACUGUUAAGAAGUGCGUAAAUGGUUCAAUCAUCAUAGUACAUCCCAAUAUUUCAUCUUCUCCUGUGUGUGCAAAUAGAAUGCCUCCUGUGAUAUUUGAGAAUAGAAUUUAUGAAUGUGCAUGUAGAUGCAUGGGUUGGGGAGAUUCGCAUUACUUGACUUUUGAUGGACAGUAUUAUGCUUUACAAGGAAACUGCACAUAUGUGUUGGUCCAGGAGAUCAUCAAAAAGUACAACUUCAGUGUCCACAUCAAGAACUAUAUCUGUGAUGCUGUCCAUAACUUGGCUUGUCCUGAGAGUUUGACCAUAUACUAUAAAUCAUAUAAAAUCGACAUGACACAGACAAGAAACCCAACUGUGAACAAAGUAUUUGUCAAUGGUGUACAGACAAUCCCAGCUUACUCUAAUUCAGACUUCAGAAUAAGCACUACUGAGAUUCAGAUGACUGUGAACAUCCCUGCUAUAAAAGCUCAGAUUGACUUUGCAGGCCUGAAUUUUGUAAUCAACCUGCCAUUUUCUUUAUUCUCCAACAACACUGAGGGACAGUGUGGUGUUUGUGACAACAUCGCAAAUAAUGACUGCAGACUACGUAGUGGUGAAAUUCAGGCAUGUGAAAAGACAGCACAGAAUUGGACUGUGACCAACAACAACACACAACCCUGUCUUCCACCCACAACCACAACCCCAACCUCAACCACAACUGAAAUAUGUGACCCUGAUAUUUGCAAAAUACUCCUCAGCAAGGUGUUUGAACAGUGCAGUCUAUUCUAUCCUCCUGUAAAUUUCUAUAAGGCAUGUAAAUAUGAUGUGUGCAACAUGCAGAAUGCCACUGGCUGCCACAGCCUGGAGAGCUAUGCUGCCUUGUGUGCUCAGAUGUCUGUAUGUGUGGACUGGAGGAAUUCUACUAAUGGACUUUGUGAAUACAAAUGUUCUGGUCCUAAAGUCUACCAGGCAUGUGGGCCCGUUGUGGAAGAAACCUGCAAUUCAAAGUACAAUGAGAAGUUUGUAGAUUGUAAGUCUCAGGUGUGUGAAGGAUUCAAGGAAGGAUGCUUCUGUCCUAACGGCACCACUCUGUUUAACGCUGCUACAGGCGUUUGUACACCCUUCUGUGGUUGUGUAGGUCCUGAUGGACUGCCUAGGAAGCCAGGAGACAAAUGGAGCAUGAACUGUGAAGAUUGUGAAUGCAGUGCAGAGACCAUGGGUCCAAUGUGUAAACCUGUCCAGUGUCCCGCUGUAGAACCAUGUAACAAAACUGGCUAUGCAAGCAAGGCAGCAACCAGCGACCGUUGUUGUCCAACAUGUGAGUGUGAUCCUGCUCGGUGCCCCAGUGCCCCUGUAAAAUGUGAAACUGGAUUUGAGUUGGUACAAAACAAGACUGUGGAUGAUUGCUGCCCUACUUUCUCUUGCAGACCCAAGCCAGUCUGUGUAUUCAAUGGCACAGAAUAUUGGCCUGGAGUUAAAAUUCCAGUAGACAUCUGUAAGGACUGCAGCUGUGGUUCCACCAUGGACCCCAAGACUGGACUGCUAACUCCAAACUGCUCUUCUGUGAACUGCAACAGGAACUGCUCUCAGGGCUUUAUGUAUGUACCUGACCCAGAGAAAUGCUGUGGACAAUGUAAACAACAACGUUGUGUUUAUACAGAUCCAAACAGCACAGUACACACGAUUGAGGUUGGAGAGAGCUUUAACCCUCUAAAUGAAAAGUGUGUGUACUAUAAUUGCACUAAAGUUGAUAAUGCAUUUACGUUGGUGAAAGACUUCUCUACAUACUGCCCAGCAUUUAACCCAGAAAACUGCAUACCUGGCACCGAGACAACCACACCAGACGGAUGUUGCAAAACUUGUGAGAUUCAGAGCUGCCGUGUUCAGAAGAACAACACCUACCUGGUGGUCAAUAACUGCACAUCUGUGGGUUCUGUGGAGAUAACCUCCUGCUCCGGCGCCUGUGACACCAGCUCAAUAUACUCGAUGGCAGCUAACAGCAUGAUGCACCGGUGCUCCUGCUGUCAGGAGCUGCGUACCAGCAGCAAGCAGGUGGAGAUGAACUGUCCUGACCAUCACCAGUUCAAUCACACCUACACUUAUGUUGAAGAGUGUGGCUGCCAUGUGACAGAGUGCCAAAAAAUGCAGUGAUUAAAAAUUUCAGUUCUCUGAUUUCUCACCAACUAAUUUCUAUAGACUUCCCACUAACUUACAA